UCAGGCUCCCAGCGUCUCAGAGCAUAGAGUGGGCGGGGCUGUAGUAGGCGGGUCCCAGAGCUGCUCGCUCAGUUGCGGCGAGAGUCGGUGCCAGUGUCCGGACUGUACGCCGCAGCAUGUGCGUGAGAGAAGCUCUGAACCCCGUGUGACAGUUGGUUUGGGGCUGGAAGUCCUAUGGGAGGUUAACCCUCCGGGCUGGGAAGGGGCUCAUGCAGCCGAUAAGGGCGAGGGUUGCGGUUAAAGCCCAAGCUGGAUGGAUGGGUAUGGGGAGAGGGGCAGGACCCAAAGCCCUGGGAUUCUUCAAAAUCCUCACUGUCUUCUUGUGCACCUUUCAGACAGUGAGCUCAUCGUGCAAGAUUUUGAAGUGCACUGCCGACUACUUGCAAGCGACUUCCAACCCGCACCAUCACACAGGAGCUGAGGACACGGUGGAGAUCUGCACGGCACUUCGCACCUACGCCCACUGCAGUCGACGCACGGCACGCACAUGCAGAGGAGACCUGGCUUACCAUUCAACUGUCCAUGGCAUUGACGACCUCAUGAGCCACCAUAACUGCUCCAAAGAUGGCCCCACCUCUCAGCCACGUGCACGCAUCUUGCCUCCAGGGGACAGCCAGGAGAGGUCGGACAGCCCUGAAAUAUGUCAUUAUGAAAAAAGCUUCCACAGACCCUCUGCCCUUCCAAACUACACCCACUGUGGCCUCUUUGGAGACCCACAUCUUAGGACGUUUUCCGACACUUUUCAGACCUGCAAAAUCCAAGGUGCUUGGCCCCUCAUAGACAAUAAUUACUUGAAUGUGCAGGUUACCAACACUCCCGUGCUUCCAGGAUCAACUGCCACUGCGACCAGCAAGUUGACAAUAAUUUUCAAGAACUUCCAGGAGUGCGUGGACCAGAAAGUGUACCAGGCUGAGAUGGAUGAGCUUCCUGCAGCUUUCGUUGAUGGUUCUAAAAAUGGCGGAGACAAGAGUGGAGCCAACAGCUUGAGAAUCAUUGAAAAAGUGUCAGGGCAGCACAUAGAGAUUCAGGCCAAGUACAUCGGCACCACAAUUGUAGUCCGUCAGGUGGGUCGCUACUUGACCUUUGCAGUCCGGAUGCCAGAGGAGGUUGUGAAUGCUGUGGAGGACAAGGAUAACCAAGGACUCUACUUGUGCCUUCAUGGUUGCCCUCAAAACCAGCAGAUUGACUUUCGAAACUUUCACUUGCAAGCCCCAGAGACUGGUCUUAAGAGACUAACCAGUGCCUCCAGUGCUGCUUCCUUCACCCCCCAAACGGCAGAAGCCAAGUGCAAGGAGAAGCUGCCGGUGGAGGACCUCUACUUCCAGUCUUGCGUGUUUGACCUCCUCACCACAGGCGAUGUGAAUUUCACAUUAGCUGCUUAUUACGCCUUCGAGGAUGUGAAACUAUUGCACUCCAACAAGAACAAAGUCCAUUUGUUUGAAAGGACCACAGAUUUAGGGCCUCCGAAUACAGCUCCCCGAGCUGGAAUGAACUUUCCUGAAAUCCUCGUGGCUUUGGUGUGUUUGAUUCUUCAGUGCUGUGCAAUGUUGCUGUAAAUCUGUUUACUGUGUAAAUCCCCAGCCGAAUAGGACUAUUUAAAUAAUAAUAAAAAAAACAAAAAACGAGAGAGACAGCUGUAGUUGUGAAGUGUAAUAGGUAUAUUGAAAGCACUCAGAAAUGUUAAAACAUUUUCCCUUUAACUUGCACACCCAACUGUCGACCCAGAAAAGGCAGCAGCGUUUCUUUGGAAUUCUAGUUUGGAACUGCGUCUAAUGAAAAGGGACUGCUGGCAGGAGAAAGUAGCUGUGGAAAUGCAUAUUAAACCCUUCAGAGAAGUGUUCUUACUGAUGCAGAGCAGGGAGGUUACUGAGCUGUCAGGCAGCCUCAAGCCAAUUGCAAGUGUUUCUAGCCGAAAGGAAAUUAGUGCACAGGUAGUUUUAUGGCUAUUAACAUUACCUAGGGCAGUUCAAAAAGCAUCAUACCUCAUCUACAGGAGAUACCAAGCGCAAAGGCAGGGGGUGCCCUCUGUAGCUCACUCAUGGUACUGCGGGCAUUGUGGUGGCUGUGAAACUUGUGAAUGUGGCUUUGUGUUUCGUAAUAAGCUCUUAAUGCAUGAACUGUUAUUGAUUCUGGCCCAGUAUGAGAUGCCUUAUACGGAAUGACAAGUAUAUGACGUGCCAGAACAUUGUUUGUGUAAACAUUCUCUUGUGCAGUGCUGGUAUUUAUUCAGUUCUUUAAAUGGGGCAGCAAACUGCUGUAGGGCUGCUUUUUGGUUUUUCCCCUCCCCCGACGGAUAACAGACUACACCUCAUUGGGGGGAAUUGACAAAAUUGGAGAGAGACCAUUUUUGGAGUUAAAGUGGUGGUAAACUGGUGUAAAAUUCUUUCUCCAUAAUCACAAUAACAGAAAUCCGCCUAAAUUCCGACUCAACCGCCACUUUUCAUAUUUUAGUGAAAGAAAGACACUUUACAGACAAUAUUUUAAACAACAUUUUCUCCCAUCAUUUUUAAAAUGGAGUAAAAUUCAGUAUUACUCUUCCCCAUGUAUCAGAUCAAUUCUAACAUAAACUGCCCUGCUUUGGUUCAGACAAUCUUCAUUUCACACCUCUUGUAGGUGCCCCAUUGGGGAAGAAUUAUCAUAUUAAUAGGUAUUAGCAUAUUAUAGUCAGGGAACAGGUUUCUGUCUAAGACUAUAGGUGUAAAACCCUCAUUAACAAAACAAGUAAAACACUGAUUAAACAAAAAGUGCAAUUUAUACAAUUUGAUAUGUAAAACGUUUUGAACUCACACUUUUAGCUUAACGAAUGAGGCAAUAUUAGCAAUUUGAGUGAAUAUAUUAUCUAAAGGAAAAGUAAAGCGUCCCAGCCAUUUUUUUUUUUAGUUUUAGCAGCAAUUGAUCUAAGAUAAAAUAUAUAUAAAUAGUGGAGAUAGAGGUUUGUGAAUUUGGUGGCAAAUCUGACAAUUUAAUCUCCACUUUUAUUUUGUCUAAAUAUCACCACUUUAGUGAAUUCCACCCCCCCCCCCCCCAUUAUGUUUAGCCCCACUCCAGUAAAAGGGGGCCUGUCUGGGGGUGAGACAGUUUUGGGACUAAAAAAAGCCACCAUCCUUAGAGCUGGAGUCUUGCACACUUCCCUGACUUUGUCUGAAUGCCAUAUAAAUAAGGCCCAGAGAGAAGGAUUAAAAAUAAAUAUAUAUAUCAUUGAGCCAUCAGAGCUUCAGACAGGGGGAGGGGAGGGCUGCACAUUACCUGGUGCCCCCCAGUGGGCGGCUGUAGAAGUGCAGGCAGGGUAUCAGUCCAACUGAAUUACUGGAACAACUGUACAGUGUAAAUACAAUGAAAGAAUAAUUCCUAUGUAAAGCAAAGAAAUGCAACGUGUAUUUGGAUAUAAUUUAUGUUGUCUCUAAUAUAUGGAGCUCUCGUGUUCUUUUUAGUCUCACUGUACAUAGGAAAAGAUGUCAUUUGUUCCAGUGUAAAAAAAACAAAUAGAUGUGUUUACUACUUU